UGGCUCCGGUCUUUGGCAUUCACCCCCUCAGCACAGGAUGGCUUUACAGAGGACCCGGCUGACACAACGUUGAUGCACGUAGCUCUGCAUUCUGCCUUGUUAUGAAGGGAGGACGUGCUUGAAGUGUGAAGCAGGAAGACUUCCUGAAAUGUGAUGGAUCCCAAUCAGAGGCCCGCCAAUGGAGCCCUUCGUAGACAGGAUGCGGGCGACCCCGCCCCUCUGGGGCCCCUUACUGACCAUCUUUUUGCAACGCACCUCUACGAGAGCAUUGGGACGAUGUCCUGCCCCGAGCCCCCGGGCCACCUGUGGCACCCGGAGGGGGGAGGAGGCCUGCCAAGCACCACGAGCGGACCCCCACUACCGAUCCGUCGCCCCCCUCUGCUCAGAACCAGACUUCCCAGUGAAUGUUUGCCGGGUACCAAAGGCCCAGCACCCGUCCCUUUACCCCGCAGGGGGCGAAUGUCCCUCGGCACCGCUGACCACACGGAUCAGGCUCACAGACUGACCCGCUCCUGCUCACAAACACACACUCCUGACCCAUGGACGAUUGCACUAAUAGACACUCCACAAGGCAGCACCAGGAGGAUGACUUCUUUCUGUGCUGCCACUUCCAGCCUCGUGUCACGACACAGGCACACGGACGUCCUUCAUAACUCGGGUCUGGUGUGGAGCCGUUUGCUGCGAAUCCACCCGGCGCUGCUGCAGGAGGUGGAGGUGAACGUCAGCGUGGCCACCGAGUGGGGCCACCAGCAGCUCCCCUUCCCCACCGCGGUGAACAGAACGGUGAAGAGCCUGAUCGUUCAAAUCCUCCAGCUGCUGGACCUCCCUCCCGGCCCCAGUGGGUGUGUUUACUUGAAACUGUGCAACUCUGACGAGUAUCUCCAAAACGACGAGCUGCUGGGCAUGCACGAGAAGGUUCAGAUCUCCUACAAGCUGAAGCUGGUCGUCCCCCUGCGGCUGCUGCGCGCGGACGACCUCAGGCACCGCCUGUGCAGGGACGGGGAGGAUGACCGAGCACCUUGCCACCUGUACCAGCUCCUGCGUUCUGUUUGUGUCUUCAACGCCUGCAGGUUGAGCCUGCAGGAUGUGCUCAGCAGCUACAACAGAGAGGUGGCAGAGCUAAUGAGGAGCAAGUCCGGGAUGAACGUCAACGUGGUGGUGUCCCGCGUGCGGUCCAUCAGCAGUCUUCUGUGCGGGCUCACGUGUCAGGAGCUGGAGGACGCCAUCGGCAGUCUCAACAGAAUCCCUCCCAUGCCGCUGAGUUACGAUGAGAUCGCUCAGUGUGAAACAGCCAUGCUCGUGCUCCACAAGGCGCUGCAGAGAUUGCUUCAGAUCUUUUUCAACAAUUUCCAGUCAGACAUUCGAUGUCAGGAAGAAACCAACAACAUGCAAAUAUUAGACAUUGACAACAACGUGGAUAUCUUCCAAUUCAAAAUCUGUGCUCUGUACCAACUCCAGCCCACCUGGUUGAUCAAUUAUGAAUGCUUCUCGGUUUCCUGUGAUCUGACGUAUGGAGGACAAAGAACAAAGAUCUGCGACUCAGGCAUCUCUGAAAACAUCUCCACCGCCUUGUCAUCCGGGAACAAGCUCCAGUGUAACCGUGUGAUGGUGUUUCCCACUCCGGUGAAUCAGCUGCCGUAUGAGUGCAUGAUGACAUUUUACCUCAAGGCCUCCAAGCGGGGCAAGACGCCCGACCUUUUAGGCUGGGCUGUGCUUCCUCUUUACAGCAACAGGACCCUGGUAAAUGGGACCAUUCUGCUCAGUUUGUCCACACUGCCCGAGCUGCCUGUCCCUCCCUCCCCCGCCCUGUUCGACGGCCACGGUCAAGCCGUCGGGGUGAUCCUGCAGCUCGAGUUUCCGGAUGGGAUUGAGUGGAAGUAUCAGAGGCCCAUCGCCCUCCCCGGCCCCUUCACUUUCACGGAGCCCUGUGAGUCGCUGCAGAGGAAAAUGCUGGAAGUCUCUAAGAAGCACUGUCUCUGCUUUCUAACAGAAAAUGAGAAGGCUUUCCUCUGGAGUAAGCGCCACAGCAGUAACCAAGGAAUUACUUCCCUCCACUUGCUGCUGGGUGGAGUCCCCCAGUGGCGUCCUGAGGACCUGACGGAGAUCUACACUUUUGUAGAGAACUGGACCAUCUAUCUGCCCGAGGAGGCCCUGUUCCUGCUCAGUGACAGCUUCCCCGAUCAGACGGUGAGGAGGGCCGCGGUUCAUUACUUUGAGCAGAUAGCUGAUGAAGAGCUGGAGGUGUUUCUACCACAGUUGGUGCAGGCUCUGAAGGCCGAGUGGGAGCUGGACGGACCUUUGGUGAUGCUGCUGUUGGAGAGAUCAAUGAAGAACGUACGGAUUGCCCAUUCCCUCUACUGGCUGCUGGAGGACGCCUGCACUGACUCCUACUGCCAGAGCGGGUUCAGUAAGGUGCAGGCCGCCCUGCGGCACUGCUGCGGCCGAGCUCUGAGGCAGGAGCUGGAGCACGAGAGCCGCCUGGUGUUCCUGCUCAUGCAGGUGGCCGAGCAGGUCUGCACCGCUAAAGAGGCUUGCCGUAAGAAUGUUUUGGCCACAGAGAAAUUAAAGAUUCACGAGUUCUUCGGAGACGGGGUCAGCUGUUGUCUGCCGCUGGAUCCUGCCGUGCGUGUUAAGGCGGUGGACCUGAAUGCUUGUAAGUUUUACAACUCCAAUGCUGCUCCUCUUGGGAUCUCCUUCUUGUGCUUAGACCCACUGGCUAAAAACAUCAGUGUCAUCUGCAAGACAGGAGACAACCUGCGUCAGGACAUGUUGGUCCUCCAGAUCGUCUGCGUGAUGGACAGUGUGUGGCUACAGGAGGGUCUGGACCUGCAGAUGAUCACCUACAGGUGUCUUUCUACGGGCAAAAAUCAGGGCCUGGUGGAAGUGGUCCCAGAUGCAGUGACCCUCGGGCAGAUUCAGCAGGAGUGGGGUCUGGGUGGCACCCUUCGGGAAGACACACUGGAGAAAUGGUUCCACAUGUCGAACAAAACUAAAGAGGACUAUGACAAGGCUGUGAUGAACUUCAUCCACUCCUGUGCAGGGUGGUGUGUGGCCACCUUCAUCCUGGGGAUCUGUGACCGCCACAACGAUAACAUCAUGUUGAAGCACACCGGACACAUGUUUCACAUUGACUUUGGCAAGAUCAUGGGCAACGCUCAGAAGUUCGGGAGCAUUAAAAGGGACCGGUCCCCAUUCGUCUUUACGUCGGAGAUGCAGCACUUCAUCACAGGCGGGGGACAGAACCCUCAGCGCCUGCAUAGCUUCGUGGAGCUCUGCUGUGAAGCCUACAACAUGAUCAGAAAGCGCAGCGCAUUGAUACUCAGCUUGUUGGAGCUGAUGCUAGAUGCAAGGAUGCCAGAACUGAAGGACUCAAACGACCUGCUGUAUGUCCGGAAGAACCUCAGACCAUGUGACACGGACCUGGAGGCCACAUCCUACUUCACGAGGAAGAUCAAGGAAAGCAUGGGCAGUGUGGCAUCCAAGUUUAACUUCCUCGCACACAGCAUGGCUCAAGGGAAGAAACAAGAAGCGCAGGCGCGGCGGCACAGCAGCCCGGCGCCCACCACCAACAUCCAGGAGGCUGUCAUCCAGGGAUACACCAACAGCGGAAAAAAUGUGAUCUACAACCUCCGAGUGACCAUUCACGAUGGCCAUGUGAACAGUGAGAAGACAUUCGGGCAGUUUGAGCUGAUCCAUAAGCAGCUGAAGAAGCACUUUAUUGAAACCAAGCUGCCUAAUUUUCCCAAGUGGUUCGGGAUGUCAAUCACCCCGAGCAGGAGGAUGGUGACGCUAAAUACGUACCUGAAAGAGCUUUUUGAGGGGCCCUGCAAGGGAAAUGAAUUUGUCUGCAGCAUGUUCCUGGACGGCCCCAACAUUGCCCCAGAAAGUGAGGUAGCAACGUCAGGAGGUCGUCCUCAGAUCCAGCUCAAAAUAUCUUACUCCGACACCAAGCUAUCGGUCUUAGUAAAACACCUGAAGAACGUCAAGCUGUCAAACGGCGCCAACCCCGACGCCGUCGUCAUCACGCAUCUCAGACCGGACCCUCGGCUGCAGUACAAGAGGAAGACGAAGGUGGUUCGCAACAAUGACAACCCCACCUUCAAUGAGCUGUUGGAGUACAAUUCCAUCCCAAUGCUGUAUGGGAGGGUACUGGAGGUGACAGUGAAGAGCAAGAACAAUUUUGUGGCUGCGACCAACAUCAGACUGGUGGAAGAUAUACUUGAGAAGGAGAAGUGGUUUGUCCUCGGAAACUGUGCGAUCUGACCCCACAGAGCUGCGCUGUUAGUGCGCUGCCAGCAGGGGGAGCAACCACACCGGGGGACCGAACCAAUUCCAGGAUUUCUCCCAUUGAAUGAAACCAAAGGACCUGUGCAGAGGAGCUGAGCCCUCGAAUUUGAUCAUCAGACACCUUAGAGCUCCAGAGCUACAUAUGUUGGCAUUAAAUGGUGUAUUUGGAUGAUGUUACAAGACUUAGUAAUAAUGGGCCGUUUACUGUGCGAAGCGUUACCUUGUCUGUUUUAAAAUGACAAUCAAAUGAAGGGGAUUAUUUUUGGAUGUGACUUUUGGUGAUGGUGGAAAUCAAGAAACUUUCUUUUCAUAGGGACGACCAUUCAACUUGAGAGUGUGUGUGGUGGAGACUGCCGAUGUGGCAGACCGAGGAGCAGGUGAUGCAUUGCAGUGAGGGGAAAGCCUGUCUGAUACCUGCUCAGACUGAGUGUGUUUGCCCCUCUGGGCCGAGUCGACUGGAUGUCCUUGACCGGUGCAAUCGGAAGCGGGAGGCAGGAG